AUGAGUAAAUGUAAUAUUCCAGGUACUGAGCUAGUGGACAAAUCAAUUGUGCAUGCAAUUGAAUCAGCUGUUAUUGAAUGGACUCACCAGAUUCAGUGUGUUCUGAAGAAAGAAUCAUCAGAGCCUCUUUUGCAAGGUCAAAAUCCUUAUCCAAAGGUGGAAUUGGAUUUUUGGAAAAACAGAUGUGAGGACCUACAAUGCAUCUACAGACAGCUGAAGGCCAAGAAGGUUUUGACUAUGAUGGAACUUCUGGAGAGAGUGCAGAGCACCUACUUUCCAGCUUUCCAAUCAGUGUUCAGAGAUGUAGAAGCUGCUCUGGUUGAGGCACAGGAUAUAGAUAUGCAUCUGAAGCCCCUCCAGCACCCUCUAGAAGAAAUAGAGAAUGUGGAAUUUAAUGAAGUGAAACCGUUGCUAAACCACUUGCUUCAUAUAGUGUGCUUUAUCUGGGCCACAUCCAAAUAUUACAGCACACCUGCACGGAUAAUUGUGCUGCUUCAGGAAGUCUGUAGUCUCCUUAUCAAGCAGGCCAGAAAUUACCUCAAUGCAGAAGAUCUGCUUAAAGGGGAAACAGAAGAAAGUCUGAGCAAAGUACAGAAAACGUUUGAUAUUUUCAACUACUUCAAGAAGACUUUUGAAGAAAGAAGAGAGAAUCUUAGUACUUAUUUUCAGCCAGGUCAAGAAACAAAAGAGUGGGAUUUUCCCUCCAUAAUGGUUUUUGCACAACUGGAUAGUUUUCUAGAAAGGCUUAAUGUUAUAGAUGAUCUUCUGAUGACCUCUUUGGACAUAGAGAAGCUGGAAAAAUUGGAAUUUGGUGGCUUACAAGGGAAAUCUCUGAGUCAGCAGGUUCUGAGCAUGCAUGAAGAAUUCCAAGAGAUAUAUAAAUUAUUUUCAGAUCGUACAUACGAUUGCCUGGAUGUAGCCAACAUGGAGUUUGAAGAAGAUGUGUAUAACUUUAAGGGGAAAAUAGAAGAUAUGGAUCGAAGGCUGGGGGCCAUAUUUAUCCAGGCUUUUGAUGAUGCAGCUAGUGUGGAACAUGCAUUUAAGCUGAUAGAUAUAUUUGGGAGUCUCUUGGAACGGCCAUUGAUAGCAGCAGAUGCGUGUGCUAAAUAUCAUCUUCUCAUUACAAUGUUUGAUAAAGACCUGGAUGAUGCUAAACUGAUCUAUCUGAAACAUAUACAGGAUGAAGUGGAACUAGGCUAUCCACUGGUGCACAAGAAUAUGCCAUUGGUUGCUGGAGGAAUUUGCUGGGCUCAAGAACUAAGAGACAGGAUCCAGGUUCCGUUUAGUGACUUUAAACAUAUCAGCCACCUUGACAGUUGCCUGGAUUCUCCUGAAGGCAAAAUCAUGGUGCAAAAAUAUGAAGAUCUCAUGCAGUUGAUAGAAAAGUAUCAAGAGAAGCUUUAUAAGGAGUGGUUCCAAACAGUAUCUGAAAAAUCACAAUAUAAUCUCGCUCAACCACUUAUCCGGCGAGACUCAGAGAGCAAACUGAUUGCAGUCAAUUUUGACCCUCAGCUGGCAUCGGUUCUAAGAGAAGUGAGUUACCUUGAAGGAGAUCAGAUUGGAAAUAUCCCUGAGACAGCAGCAGAAAUCUAUUCUUCUAGAGAGUCCUUCCGGAAGCUGGUAGCCAACCUGGAGCUGAUGGUCACUUGGUACAACAAGAUCUUGCGCACAGUCUUGGAAGUGGAAUAUCCCCUUGUGCAGAGACAGCUGCAAGAGAUUGAUGCUCAGCUGAGAGAGGCAGAAGAAACAUUAAACUGGAAAUCAGAAGGUCUUUUGGAUCGUGUUUCAUCCAUGGUUGACAGUGUUCGAGAUCUUGAGCAAAAUUUCCAGAAAGCCAAAAAUAACAUUGAGGAAAUUCAGAAUAUCAUGAAGUCUUGGGUUUCCCCGGUUUAUGAAAGAAAAGAUGGGAAAAAGGAAUCUUUGCUGUACUUAGAUGAUCAACAUGAGAGACUGAACAAACACUACCAACUCAUUACAGAUUCUGGGCAGAAGAUUCAUUUUUUAAUCAAGGAAAACUUGAGACUUUUUGCAGCAGAUCCAGCUUCUGAUGCUUGGAGAGCCUAUCUGGAGCAUGUGGAUGAGAUUGUCCUGGAUGGAUUCUUUAAUGCCAUUGAAUGUUCACUGAAGUACCUGCUGGAAAAUACAGAUUCCAGACUAGGCCUUGCUCCCCUCUUCAAAUUGCAGCUUGAUCUGUUGGUUCCUAAGAUGAUAUUCCAUCCUUCUUUGGAUACUGGUGCCAGUGAUGGUUUCUAUGAUAUAGUUGAAGCGAUUAUCAAUGAUAUAUUCAGAGUCUCUUCCCUGGUGCCCAGACUUGCAGGACACAGCACUGUUCCUCAUUAUCAGGAUGACAUGGAGGAAAUGGCCGAGCUUGCUGAUAUGCGCCAUACCUUGUUGGAACGGGUUCAGAAGAUGAUAUCAGCCUGUUCUAACUAUCAGAGCUCCUUUGACCAUUACUCCUAUCUCUAUGUGGAUGACAGGAAGGAAUUCAUGCAUCAGUUCCUUUUGUAUGGUCAUGUCCUCACAGCAGAUGAAAUAGAGGCCCAUGUUGAGGAUGGUGUCCCAGAGACCCCUCCUACACUUCAACAAUUCAGAGAACAAAUAGACUCUUAUGAGAAGAUCUACGAGGAAGUGAGUCACCUGGAGCCAGUCAAUGUGUUUGACAGCUGGAUGAAAAUUGAUGCCCGCCCUUUCAAAGCAUCUCUUCUGAGUAUAAUUAAGAGGUGGAGCUUGAUGUUCAAACAACACCUCAUUGAUCAUGUGACUCACAGUUUGGCUGACCUGGAAGAAUUCAUAAAAAUCACGGAAAGAGGUUUGAGCAAGAAAGUGGAAACAGGAGAUUAUGAAGGCUUGGUGGAUGUCAUGGGUCACCUGAUGGCUGUUAAAGAUAGACAGACCAGCACGAAUGAGAUGUUUGAGCCCUUGAAACAAACGAUUGAACUGCUGAAGGUCUAUGAGCAAGAAUUGCCAGCAGAAGUCCAUAGCCAGCUGGAGGAGCUGCCAGAAAAAUGGAACAAUGUGAAGAAGUUAGCAAUAACUGUGAAGCAGCAUGUGGCGCCAUUGCAGGCAAACGAAGUGGCAAUGCUUCGCAAAAAGUGUGCUGCGUUUGAUGUGGAGCAGCACAAAUUUAGAGAAAGGUUUCGCAAAGAGGCACCAUUCAGGUUUGAUGCAAUAAAUCCCUACGAAAUGUUGGAUGCAUCCCACACUGAGCUUAAGCAAAUGGAAGUCACCAUGGCCUCGAUUUAUGAAUCAGCCGAAUUGUUUGAAAUCAGUGUUCCAGACUACAAGCAGAUCAAGCAGUGCAGAAAGGAAGUGUGCCUUCUUAAAGAACUCUGGGAUAUGGUCUCCAUCGUGACCUCUAGCAUGAAUGACUGGGAGACUACAAAAUGGAGAGAUAUUAAUAUUGAAAACAUGGAACAGGAGUGCAAGAAGUUUGCUAAAGACAUUCGGAACCUGGAUAAAGAAAUGAGGGCCUGGGAUGCUUUCUGUGGGCUGGACAACAGAGUGAAAAACAUCCUGACAUCGCUGAGGGCCGUGUCAGAACUGCAGAAUCCUGCCAUCCGGGAGAGGCACUGGAACCAACUGAUGCAAGCCACGGGUGUGCAGUUCAUAAUGGAUGCAGACACCACCUUGGCUGACUUGCUCAAACUCAACUUGCAUAACUUCGAAGAUGAAGUUCGGAGCAUAGUGGACAAAGCUGUUAAAGAAAUGAGCAUGGAAAAGGUUGUGAAAGAACUGAACACAACCUGGUCCAGCAUGGAAUUCCAAUAUGAACCUCACUCCCGCACGAAUGUCUCACUCUUGAAAUCUGAUGAAGAACUCAUUGAGGUCCUUGAAGACAACCAAGUCCAGCUGCAGAACAUGAUGACUUCCAAGUACAUUGCUUUCUUCCUGGAGGAAGUGUCUUUCUGGCAGAGGAAGCUGUCUACGGCAGACUCUGUUAUUUCCAUCUGGUUUGAGGUUCAGCGGACAUGGUCUCAUUUGGAAAGUAUAUUCAUUGGAUCAGAAGAUAUCCGGGCACAGCUUCCUGAGGAUUCUAAACGCUUUGAAGGAAUUGAUGCUGACUUUAAAGAGCUGACUUAUGCUGCUGAAAAAACACCAAAUGUGGUAGAAGCAACCAACAAACCUGGUCUUUACGAACAACUAGAAGAUAUCCAAAACAGACUGUCUUUGUGUGAAAAAGCUUUGGCUGAGUAUUUAGACACAAAGCGGUUGGCCUUUCCCAGGUUUUACUUUAUUUCCUCUGCUGACUUACUGGAUAUUCUUUCCAAUGGCACAAAUCCACAGCUGGUUCAACGCCACCUUUCCAAGCUGUUUGACAAUAUGGCCAAGAUGAAAUUCGGGGUGGACUCUGACCAAAAACCAACUAAGAUGGCCUUAGGGAUGUACAGCAAAGAGGAAGAAUAUGUUGAUUUCAGUGAACCAUGUGACUGCUGUGGGCAGGUGGAGAACUGGCUGAACCGUGUGCUGGACCACAUGCGGGCCACAGUGAGACACGAGAUGACAGAAGCAGUGACGGCGUAUGAGGAAAAGGCAAGAGAGCAGUGGCUUUUUGAUUACCCUGCACAGGUGGCACUCACCUGCACUCAGAUUUGGUGGACCACAGAGGUUGGGAUUGCCUUUGCCAGGCUGGAAGAAGGCUAUGAGAAUGCCAUGAAAGAGUACCAUAAGAAGCAGGUGACUCAACUGAACACCCUCAUCACCAUGCUCAUUGGGCAUCUCUCCAAGGGUGACAGGCAGAAGAUCAUGACCAUCUGCACCAUUGAUGUCCAUGCUCGAGAUGUGGUGGCCAAGAUGAUUGCCCAGAAGGUGGACAAUGCACAGGUGUUCCUCUGGUUGUCGCAACUUCGGCACAGGUGGGCAGAUGAGGAGAAGCACUGUUAUGCAAACAUUUGUGAUGCCCAGUUCAUCUAUUCCUAUGAAUACCUUGGGAACACACCACGCCUGGUCAUCACUCCUCUGACAGACAGAUGCUAUAUCACUCUCACUCAAUCCUUGCACCUAACUAUGAGUGGAGCUCCUGCAGGUCCAGCGGGUACGGGGAAGACGGAGACCACGAAGGACCUGGGACGAGCUCUCGGGAUCAUGGUGUACGUUUUCAACUGUUCAGAACAAAUGGACUACAAGUCUUGUGGUAACAUUUACAAAGGCCUUUCCCAGACUGGUGCAUGGGGCUGUUUUGAUGAGUUUAACAGAAUCUCUGUAGAGGUGCUGUCUGUGGUGGCUGUACAGGUGAAGAGCAUUCAGGAUGCUAUCAGAGACAAAAAGGAAAGUUUUAAUUUCCUUGGGGAAGACAUUAAAUUGGUUCCUUCUGUUGGUAUUUUCAUUACCAUGAAUCCUGGAUACGCUGGUCGUACAGAGCUGCCUGAGAAUUUGAAAGCUCUUUUCAGACCAUGUGCAAUGGUUGUACCAGACUUUGAACUGAUCUGUGAAAUCAUGCUGGUGGCGGAAGGAUUCAUAGACGCUCGGCUGCUGGCAAGGAAGUUCAUCACCCUUUAUCAGUUGUGCAAAGAACUGUUGUCCAAGCAGGAUCAUUAUGACUGGGGAUUACGUGCAAUUAAGUCAGUCCUUGUUGUUGCUGGAUCCCUCAAGAGAGGAGACCCAGAUCGCCCUGAAGACCAGGUGCUGAUGCGUUCUCUGAGGGAUUUCAAUGUUCCAAAGAUUGUAACUGAUGACAUGCCAGUGUUCAUGGGUCUGAUUGGAGACCUGUUUCCUGCCUUGGAUGUCCCAAGAAAGCGAGAUCUUAAUUUUGAAUCUUUUGUGAAACAAGCUGUUUUGGAACUUAAGUUGCAAGCAGAAGACAACUUCGUGCUCAAAGUGGUCCAGCUGGAAGAGCUCUUAGCAGUUCGGCACUCGGUCUUUGUGGUGGGCAAUGCAGGUACAGGCAAGUCCCAGGUGCUGAAAUCUCUGAACAAGACCUACCACAUCAUGAAACGGCGGCCUGUUUGGACAGAUCUCAAUCCAAAAGCAGUUACAAAUGAUGAACUGUUUGGCAUUAUUAAUCCAGCUACAAGAGAAUGGAAAGACGGAUUGUUCUCAUCGAUUAUGCGAGACCUAGCCAACAUUACACAUGAUGGCCCCAAAUGGAUUGUGUUAGAUGGUGAUAUUGAUCCAAUGUGGAUUGAAUCUCUCAAUACUGUCAUGGAUGAUAAUAAGGUGCUAACGCUAGCAAGCAAUGAAAGGAUCCCCCUCAAUCCCACCAUGAGGCUGCUGUUUGAGAUCAGUCACCUGCGGACUGCCACCCCGGCCACUGUAUCCAGAGCAGGGAUCCUAUACAUCAAUCCAGCUGACCUGGGCUGGAAUCCCCCUGUAAGUAGCUGGAUAGACAGACGGGAAAUCCAGUCAGAACGAGCUAACCUGACUAUUUUGUUUGACAAGUAUUUACCGAUUUGUCUGGACACCCUCAGAACCAGAUUUAAGAAGAUUAUUCCAGUUCCUGAGCAGAGCAUGGUUCAGAUGCUGUGCUACCUCCUUGAAUGCCUUCUUACCAAAGAGAACACCCCACCAGAUUGCCCCAAGGAGCUCUAUGAGCUUUAUUUUGUGUUUGCUGCUGUCUGGGCUUUUGGAGGUGCUUUGUUCCAGGACCAGCUUGUAGAUUACAGAGUUGAAUUCAGUAAAUGGUGGGUGACACAGUUCAAGACUAUCAAGUUUCCUUCCCAAGGAACAGUAUUUGACUUUUACAUCGACCCUGAGACAAAGAAAUUUGAGUCUUGGUCCAAGCUCAUCCCCAAAUUUGAAUUUGAUCCAGAAAUGCCAUUACAGGCAUGCCUGGUACAUACCAGUGAAACAAUUCGGGUGCGCUACUUCAUGGAUCAGCUCUUGGAAAGAAGGAGACCUGUCAUGCUGGUGGGAAAUGCAGGCACAGGGAAGUCUGUGAUUGUAGGUGAUAAACUGUCUUUGCUGGAUUCUGAGGAAUACCUAGUGAAGAAUGUUCCUUUUAAUUACUACACCACGUCUGCCAUGCUGCAAGCUGUUCUUGAGAAGCCACUGGAGAAAAAGGCUGGAAGGAAUUAUGGACCCCCUGGAAAUAAGAAACUCAUCUACUUCAUUGAUGACAUGAACAUGCCUGAAGUUGAUGCUUAUGGAACAGUUCAGCCUCAUACAUUGAUCCGACAACAUCUGGACUAUGGACACUGGUAUGACAGAAACAAGCUGUCCCUGAAGGAAAUCAUGAAUGUGCAGUACGUGUCAUGCAUGAAUCCAACGGCUGGCAGCUUCACUAUCAACCCACGCUUGCAGCGCCACUUCAGUGUAUUUGCUCUCUCAUUUCCUGGGUCAGAUGCUCUGUCCACCAUUUACAGUACCAUCUUAACACAGCACCUGAAGCGAGGAAACUUUUCUGGGGCUGUACAGAAAUCAUCACUGCAGUUAAUAAAUCUGGCUCUUGCCUUGCACCUGAAAGUGGCAGCAACCUUCCUUCCCACAGCUGUCAAAUUUCAUUACAGCUUCAACCUAAGAGAUUUCUCCAAUGUCUUCCAAGGUAUUUUGUUUUCAACUCCUGAAUGCCUGAAAACUCCCCAGGACUUAGUAAAGCUCUACUUGCAUGAAUCCAGUCGGGUUUAUCGGGAUAAGAUGGUUGAUGAAAAGGACUUCACCGUAUUUGAAAAAAUGCAAAUAGAGACUACAAAGAAAUUUUAUGAUGAUAUAGAAGAGACCUUGGAACAGACAAGGAAGAUGAACGUGUUUUGUCAUUUUGCAAAAGGGAUUGGGGAGCCCAAGUACAUGCCUGUCCAGAACUGGGAAGUAUUGAACCAAAUCUUAGUGGAAGCCUUGGAGAACUAUAAUGAAGUCAAUGCUGCCAUGAACCUGGUGCUGUUUGAAGAUGCCAUGUGCCACAUCUGCCGAAUUAAUCGUAUCCUGGAAUCUCCCAGAGGGAAUGCGUUGCUGGUUGGAGUGGGUGGAAGUGGAAAGCAGAGCCUGACAAGACUGGCAGCUUUCAUUAGCUCAUUGGAGGUCUUCCAAAUCACCUUGAGGAAAGGCUAUGGGAUCCCUGACUUGAAGGCAGACCUGGCAUCCCAGUGCAUUACAGCAGGAAUGAAAAAUGUGGGGACAGUCUUUCUGAUGACAGAUGCUCAAGUGGCAGAUGAGAGGUUCCUAGUUUUGGUCAACGACUUACUGGCUUCUGGAGAAAUCCCUGAUCUUUUCCCUGAUGACGAAGUUGAGAAUAUCAUCAGUAGUAUGAGGAAUGAAGUAAAAGCCCAAGGACUGAUGGAUACCAGAGAGGCUUGUUGGAAAUUUUUCAUUGACCGUGUUAGACGGCAGCUCAAGGUUGCUCUUUGCUUUUCCCCAGUGGGGAACAAGCUGAGAAUUCGCAGUCGGAAGUUCCCUGCCAUUGUGAAUUGCACAUCAAUAGACUGGUUCCAUGAAUGGCCCCAAGAAGCGCUGGAGUCUGUCAGCUUGCGCUUCUUGCAAGGGACAGAAAGCAUUGAGCCUUCUGUGAAAGAAUCUAUAAGCAAAUUCAUGGCAUACGUGCACACCAGUGUUAAUGAGAUAUCCCGUUCUUACCUGACUAAUGAACGUCGUUAUAACUACACCACCCCCAAGUCUUUCCUGGAGCAAAUCAAACUCUAUCAGAAUUUGCUGUCUAAAAAGGAGAAGGAAUUGAAAGCAAAGAUGGAACGUCUAGAGAAUGGCCUGCAGAAGCUCAGGAGCACAUCUGCACAGGUAGAUGAUCUGAAAGCAAAGCUGGCAGCUCAGGAGGUUGAACUGAAGCAGAAGAAUGAAGAUGCAGACAAGCUGAUCCAAGUGGUGGGUAUAGAGACGGAAAAAGUCAGUAAGGAAAAGGCCAUCGCUGAUGAGGAGGAGCAGAAAGUGGCCCUGAUCACACAAGAGGUGCAACAGAAGCAGAAGGACUGUGAGGAAGAUCUUGAAAAAGCGGAGCCCGCCCUUGCUGCUGCCCAGGAAGCCCUGAACACGCUCAAUAAGACCAAUCUGACAGAAUUGAAGUCAUUUGGAUCACCGCCUUCUGCUGUCAGCAAUGUCACUGCUGCUGUGAUGGUGCUCACAGCUCCUGGGGGCAAGGUGCCAAAAGAUCGGACUUGGAAGGCAGCCAAGGUGGCCAUGGCCAAGGUGGAUAGUUUCUUGGACUCCCUGAUCCACUUCAACAAGGAGAACAUACCCGAGAACUGCCUCCGGGCCCUGCAGAGCUAUCUUCAGGAUCCGCAGUUCAGCCCUGAGCUGGUGGCCUCCAAGUCCUAUGCAGCGGCUGGUCUCUGCUCCUGGGUCAUCAACAUUGUGCGCUUCUACGAAGUCUACUGUGAGGUGGAGCCCAAGCGACAGGCUCUCAGCAAGGCAAAUGCUGAGCUCACUGCUGCCCAGGAAAAGCUGGCUAACAUCAAGGCCAAAAUUGCUCACCUCAAUGAGAAUUUGGCAAGGCUCACUGCCAAGUUUGAGAAGGCCACGGCAGAGAAGUUGAAAUGUCAAGAAGAAGCUGAAGCCACAGCGAAUACCAUCUCUCUCGCAAAUCGCUCGGUUGGAGGCCUAGCCUCUGAAAAGGUGAGAUGGGCUGAAUCGGUGAAAGACUUCAAGCUGCAAGAGAGUGCACUGUGUGGAGACGUCUUGCUGAUCACGGCCUUUGUCUCCUACCUGGGUUAUUUCAGCAAGAAGUACAGGCAGAAUUUGAUGAACAAUGUCUGGAAACCAUACUUGCACCAGCUAAAACCCCAGGUUGCCAUCCCUAUCACUCCUUCAUUGGACCCUCUGAGGAUGCUGACUGAUGAUGCUGACAUAGCAGGUUGGCAGAAUGAAGGGCUACCAGCUGACCGCAUGUCCACUGAAAAUGCUACUAUUCUUACCAACUGUGAACGUUGGCCACUUAUGGUUGACCCUCAGCUCCAAGGCAUCAAAUGGAUCAAAAACAAGUAUGGCGAAGACCUGAAAGUGACCCGGAUUGGCCAGAAAGGGUAUCUGGACAUAGUAGAGCAGGCUCUUGCUGCUGGUGAAGUUGUUCUAAUUGAAAACUUGGAAGAAUCUGUUGAUCCAGUCUUAGGUCCAUUGCUUGGUCGAGUGACAAUUAAAAAAGGAAGGUACAUUAAAAUUGGAGAUAAAGAAUGUGAGUACAACAACAGAUUCCGUCUAAUUCUUCAUACUAAGCUAGCAAACCCCCAUUACCAACCAGAAAUGCAGGCACAGUGCACCCUUAUCAACUUCACAGUGACUCGGGACGGCCUAGAAGACCAGCUGCUGGCAGGUGUUGUUAGUAUGGAGAGGCCUGACCUUGAAGAACUAAAGUCUGAUCUUACAAAACAGCAGAAUGGAUUCAAAAUAACAUUGAAAACCUUGGAAGACAACUUGCUGUCCCGCCUUUCUUCUGCCUCAGGGAACUUCUUAGGGGACACAGCUCUAGUGGAAAAUCUUGAAAUCACCAAGCAGACAGCUGCAGAAAUUGAAGAAAAGGUCCAGGAAUCCAAGGUGACAGAAACGAAGAUUAACGAGGCAAGGGAGCAUUACCGCCCUGCAGCAGCCCGUGCUUCUCUUCUGUACUUCAUCAUGAAUGACCUCAGUACCAUCCAUCCCAUGUACCAGUUCUCCCUAAAGGCAUUCAGUGUAGUUUUUCAGAAAGCUGUUGCAAAAGCAUCUCCAGAUGAAAAUCUGAAAGAGCGAGUUGCCAACCUCAUUGAUAGCAUCACUAGCUCUGUGUUCCAGUAUACAACUCGGGGACUGUUUGAAUGUGAUAAACUGACUUACAUGGCCCAAAUCGCUUUCCAGAUACUUCUGAUGAAUAAAGAAAUUAAUGCUACAGAACUCGACUUCUUGUUACGAUAUCCUGCCCAACCAGGAGUCAUCAGUCCGGUGGAUUUUUUGUCAAAUCAGUCAUGGGGUGGUAUCAAGGUGCUGUCUUCCAUGGAACAAUUUCGCAAUUUGGAUCGGGACAUUGAGGGUUCUGCCAAGCGGUGGAAGAAGUUUGUGGAGUCUGAAUGCCCUGAAAAGGAGAGAUUUCCUCAGGAGUGGAAGAAUAAAUCUGCUUUACAGCAGCUGUGUAUGAUGCGAGCCAUACGGCCUGACCGCAUGACAUAUGCUGUCAGAGCUUUUGUGGAAGAAAAGCUUGGGAGUCAAUAUGUGGGAGGAAGAUCUCUGGAUUUUGCAACAUCAUUUGAGGAGUCAGGACCUGCUACUCCAAUGUUCUUUAUCCUGUCACCUGGAGUUGAUCCCUUGAAAGACGUAGAGAAACACGGAAAGAAACUUGGCUACACCUUUAACAACAGGAAUUUCCACAACGUCUCACUUGGGCAAGGCCAAGAGGCCGUGGCAGAGCAAGCUUUAGACCUCGCUGCAGCCAAGGGACAUUGGGUUAUCCUGCAGAACAUUCACCUGGUGGCCAAGUGGCUGAGUUCCCUGGAGAAAAAGCUAGAGCAGCACAGUGAAGGCAGUCACCCUGAAUUUCGCAUCUUCAUCAGUGCAGAGCCUGCACCUUCUCCUGAAGGCCACAUCAUACCACAGGGCAUCCUAGAGAACUCCAUCAAAAUCACAAACGAACCCCCAACAGGGAUGCAUGCCAACCUCCACAAAGCUCUGGACAACUUUAACCAGGACACCCUUGAGAUGUGUAGCCGUGAAAGUGAAUUUAAGAGCAUCCUCUUCGCCCUCUGCUACUUCCAUGCUGUGGUAGCAGAAAGACGCAAAUUUGGUCCCCAGGGGUGGAAUCGUUCAUACCCCUUUAACACUGGAGACCUUACCAUUUCAGUCAAUGUUCUGUACAAUUAUUUGGAGGCUAGUUCAAAGGUUCCCUAUGAUGAUCUGCGGUAUCUCUUUGGAGAAAUCAUGUACGGAGGGCACAUAACAGACGAUUGGGACAGGCGCCUCUGCAAGACCUACCUGGAGGAGUUCAUCAAGCCUGAAAUGAUGGAGGGAGAAUUCAUGCUGGCUCCAGGAUUUCCCCUCCCAGGCAACAUGGACUAUAAUAGCUAUCACCAGUAUAUAGAUGCAAACUUGCCUGCUGAGUCUCCCUACCUGUAUGGACUCCACCCUAAUGCUGAAAUUGGAUUCUUGACCCAAACCUCAGAGAAACUCUUCCGUACUGUUUUGGAGCUGCAGCCUCGUGACACCAACCUUGGAGAAGGUACAGGGUCCACCCGGGAAGAGAAGGUAAAGGCAGUGUUGGAUGACAUCCUGGAGAAGCUCACUGAUGAGUUUAACAUUCACGAGAUGAUGGCUAAGGUGGAAGAGAGGACUCCAUACAUUGUUGUAGCCUUCCAGGAAUGUGAAAGGAUGAAUCUCCUCACUAGUGAAAUUAAGCGGUCACUGAAGGAACUGGACCUGGGCCUGAAGGGUGAAUUGACAAUGACUAGUGAUAUGGAGACUUUACAGAAUGCCAUCUUCCUAGACACAGUGCCUGAGUCAUGGACCCGGAGGGCUUAUCCGUCCAUGGCUGGCCUGGGUGGCUGGUUUGCUGAUCUUCUAAACCGUAUCAAGGAGUUGGAGACAUGGACAGGAGACUUCAUGCUACCGUCUGUAGUGUGGCUGGCAGGAUUCUUCAACCCCCAGUCUUUCUUGACAGCCAUAAUGCAGUCCACAGCCCGAAAAAAUGAGUGGCCGUUGGAUAAAAUGACCCUACAGUGUGAUGUGACCAAGCGAAGCCGUGAUGAUUUCACCAGCCCACCGCGGGAAGGCGCCUGCAUCCAUGGUUUGUUCAUGGAAGGUGCACGCUGGGAUGUGCAGACAGGCUUAAUUGCUGAUGCCCGGCUGAAAGACCUGACACCAUCAAUGCCCAUUAUUUUCAUCAAAGCCAUCCCUGUUGACAAACAAGAUGUCCGCAAUGUGUACCCAUGUCCUGUGUACAAAACCCGCCAACGGGGCCCAACGUAUGUCUGGACCUUUAAUCUGAAGACUAAAGCAAAGCCUUCCAAGUGGGUUUUGGCAGGGGUGGCACUCCUCCUGCAGAUUUAGACUCUACCGUACAACUUAUUUUCCUAACAGACUUGUCAGAAAAGACUCUUUGUCUUAGAAUUUAUUUUUUGUAGAGUGGAUUAAUGCCUAAUGUGCUGAUUCACAUAAUGUGUGUACAUGAUUUGAAGAGUGAGGAGGCAUCAAGUGUUGAUUUACAUCUGUGAGCAAGCCAUAUCACACCACUUUUGGAGCUUAGUAGAUGUGCACACUGACCAUCAGAUAAAAUUUGAGAUAUCUUAUGUAUAGUAGGAAUGCAAUAUAACGGCAACAUAAACAAUUAAAUUUUAACGUAGGCAGAAAAAGCAUAACUCCCACUUUGUUCAGAUUUAAAUGGAGGUGGGCAAAGUGUGGUGCUCUAAAUAUUGUUGGACUGCAGUUCCCAGCAUUCCUCAACAUCGGCUUUGCUGGCUAGAGUUGAUGAGAGUUACAGUCCAAAAACAUCUGCAGGGUCACAUUUUAGCUAUACAGUACCUGUUUUUAAUCUUCUUAGAAAAUUUGAGGAAAUGAAGAGCGAUUGCUUAAAAUCAAAAGUUACGAAAGAAGCAUCAAAUGAGCUCCAUGGGGACAGAAUUCCAAUAGAUGAGGCAUCAUCCAUCAAGCAUCCCUCUUCCGUGGUGCCACACAGGAUAUGUCACUUGGGGAGGGACAGCCUAUCAAGCCAACGUGGUGUAGAGGACAGAGGGUUGGAUCCUGGGGUCAAAUCCCUGCUUGCCCAUGGAAACUCAUUGGAGAAUGGCAAUGGCGAACUCCUUGAACAUUACACGUCCCUUGAAAACCCUACUGAGUUUUAGUUAGCCCUAAUAGGGUUUCGAGGUGCAUGAGAUGUUCAAGCGGCAGUUUAUCAUUGUCACUCCAUUUCCAGAACCCUCUCCCCAUGAGGUUCACUUAGCACCUCUCUUGUCAUCCAUUGCAAUCAGGCGAAGGCUUUUUCUUUCCUCCUGCAUUUAAGCAUCACCUCAAACAGUUCUCCCACUGAAACCUGUUCACAGAUUAAGCUGCAAGUCAAUGUGGGAACUGCUGUCAAGUAUAUAUGUAAUUGCACUCUUGAGAAAUAUGUAUUCUGAAAUCAUAGAUGUUACAAAAUUGGGGCACAUUUUAUGAGAAAAUAUUGUUGUAGAAGUAUGCAAGGCAACCGCUGCUUUGUCUUGGAAGCAAAGGGUGUAAGAUUGAUCUAAAGAUGCUGCAGAACAAUGAAAUUUUAGAGGGAGGGAACGGAAUAACAACUUUGAGGAGAAAUCACAUCAUGGGGUGAUUUUCCACAGUACCAAUAAGGGAACUUCCCUCUACCUCAAUGGAGUCAGCCAUUUUCAUUGUAAAAGGACCCAUUGGGUUGUCUCCCUACAUCUCCUGCCUGAGACAGAGAGAGGAUUUAUUCUACUUCAGCUACUCUGGAAAAAUGCGGAUCUUGCCCAGCAAAGCAAUUUAAAGAUUUUCCCUUGCAUCCUACGCAACAUCUUGAGGUAUAAAAGAGCAAAGUCUGACGCCUUCCUCUACAGGUUGUUCGUUUACAGAAGAUCACACCCUGCAAAUGCUGAGGAGAUGUGAAUUUUCACAGAGCCAUUAAACAAGGUGAAAACCAUUGUGAGAGAAGUAAACUAAACAACCUAGAAUGGUGCCAGUCACUUAAUAAAAUUGUGUUUGUGCAACA